AUGCAGAUCUUCGUGAAGACGCUGACGGGCAAGACCAUCACCCUUGAUGUGGAAGCCUCUGACACGAUCGACAACGUGAAGGCGAAGAUCCAGGAUAAGGAGGGCAUCCCUCCGGACCAGCAACGCCUGAUCUUUGCGGGGAAGCAGCUGGAAGACGGGCGCACGCUGUCUGACUACAACAUCCAGAAAGAGUCCACGCUGCACCUCGUGCUGCGCUUGCGCGGAGGCAUGCAGAUCUUCGUGAAGACGCUGACGGGCAAGACCAUCACCCUCGAUGUGGAAGCCUCUGACACAAUCGACAACGUAAAGGCGAAGAUCCAGGAUAAGGAGGGUAUCCCUCCGGACCAGCAGCGCCUGAUCUUUGCGGGGAAGCAGCUGGAAGACGGGCGCACGCUGUCUGACUAUAACAUCCAGAAAGAGUCCACGCUGCACCUCGUGCUGCGCCUGCGCGGAGGCAUGCAGAUCUUCGUGAAGACGCUGACGGGCAAGACCAUCACCCUUGAUGUGGAAGCCUCUGACACCUGGAAGACGGGCGCACGCUGUCUGACUAUAACAUCCAGAAAGAGUCCACGCUGCACCUCGUGCUGCGCCUACGCGGAGGCAUGCAGAUUUUCGUGA